AGGCAGCUUCUAGGAAACACCCGGGACAAAAACAAGGGCGGUGUCUCCCUGGAGGACAGUGCGCAGCCGCAGAGCUCCACCCGCCCAUCGCUCCGCCCCGGGGAGAAUCGGAAACACGAUGGAGGAGUACCAUCGCCACUGUGAGGAGGUUGGCUUCAAUGUGGAUGAAGCCCACAGCCUUGUUAAAGAGUGUAUAGAUGGAGUUUUGGGUGGUGAAGAUUAUAAUCAGAACAACAUCAACCAAUGGACUGCAAGUAUUGUGGAACAAUCCUUAGCACAUUUGGUCAAGUUGGGAAAAGCUUAUAAAUAUAUUGUGACCUGUGCAGUGGUCCAGAGGAGUGCAUAUGGCUUUCAUACAGCCAGUUCAUGCUUUUGGGAUACCACAUCUGAUGGAACCUGUACCGUAAGAUGGGAGAACCGAACCAUGAACUGUAUCGUCAAUGUUUUUGCCAUUGCUAUUGUCCUGUGACAUACUAAAAUUGUUUGGCCAAAGUCAUUAACUUGAGAAUUUGUCAGUGUAUCCUUUCUAAAAAGAGUAAGUUACUUAUUAAUACUCUAGAUGAUAAGUGUGCAAUAUGCUUCAAAAAUUGAAUAUUAUAAGCAAGCAAUCUCAUACAUAGUAAGUUGGCAGAUUCGUACAUAUUCUAUAUAUACAGAAUCAUUUCAAUAGGAAAAAAUUAAUGUCAGCAAAAAACAACAACAGCAGCAGCAACAACAAACAAAUACAGAAACAUGGCAUUACUUGAAAAUAGAACCUUAUAUUCACACCAGUUUUUCACUAACAUUAUGUACCUAGGGAGUUAGGGAAAUCCAUUCAGAUAAUAAAGUUCUCUUUCAAAGAAGUUAACAGGGAAAAAUAUAUGAACAAAAUCACUGCAAGGAUAAAUCUGGAGAAAAUAAUAAUUAGUUAACACUUCUUAAGUUUGUAUUUCUUCUCCUCAAUUGUACAUAUGAUUUAGUAGAAAUCAAUUGUUCUUUUUUUCUCUCAACUAAUAUUGCAGUAGCAACUACUAUUAACUUGUUUACAUUUUUUGAGAACUGUUAAAACAGUUUUUAAAAUUUCAAAAUCUUGGAUUUACAUUUGAGGGCAAAUUAAAUCUGGUAACCUUGAAUUCCCUUGUUAAACAAAAUGAGUUAUGGUGUAUGGUGAAAAGUAUCUGCCUAACAGCUGCCUUACAAUUCACACAUUCCAUGUGUAAUAAAUACUAUUGAAUGCCUGUUUGUUAUGAGCAUAUUUCUCUGCUAGUCAUUAUGGUUAUCAAUCUGCUCUUCAAAUACUAAGUUUCUUUUGGCACCUGUUCAGUUGGACUAUUAACGUGUUUGUGGGAAGAAAAAAACGUGUUUUACAAGAGAGGGAAAAGUGAAUCUGGUUAUUUAUGUAGCAAAGUGAAAGGACUUAUUGCUGACAGAUAAUCAUAACUUUAAGAAUUUUAAGAAUUGCUCUUUAAUAAGUAAAAAAUGUAUAAAACAUGCAGCAUUAGUUAAAGACCUUAUUAGGAGUCUUACUAUACAAGUAGUAAACUUCAUUGUUGCUUUAGUUGCAACCAUCUGUAAAUAAUUUUAAAUACUUAUGUGGGGUUCAAAUUAAUUGGAAAGAAGUAUAAAUGAAAAGUAUACAAUCAUUGGCAAGUUAUUGAAAAUCUCAGGAUUUAUGAAAUGUAGUUAAAUUUAUUUAAAAAAUAUCUACAGCUGCCCACCAAAUGCGAAAUCAAUCUGCUAUUUAACCUUGAAAACAAAUCAAGUUUCCAUAUUACCACUAACACACAUAGAUAUGGGUAAUAGAACCAUGUUUCAUUGAACGUGGGGGAAAGAAUAGCUUGGUAUAAAUACUGACAAUAUUAAGAUAGUAUUCUUGUAGGAAUAUUAUGUGCAUGUUUAAUAUUUUUCUGAGUAACAAUUGUUUAAUGUUUAAGAAGAAUAUUAAGAAAAUACAGGGGUAGAAUUUAAUGCAGUGAUAUACAUUUUUGGCCCAUAGGAAAUUUUCAUAGUCAUUACCUUCAUAUUAGUUUACGUUGUUGGCUUUUGUGCCCUUGAAGAUUAUAAUAGUGACCAAAAUAUCUGUGCAACUGAGACUGUUUGAUUAGUUAUUGAAGCCUGAUCGUAAAAAAAAAUUACUGUGUUGACUUCCUAUUUAGUCUGUUUCUAGUUACAUUAUAAUAAAGAUUAUUUUCCUGUGCUGCA